GGAGGAGCCUGCCCGGGCAGGAGCUCCGCCCGGCGAGGGGCUCCCGCUCGCCUGCCAGCGGGUGGCGGACCUGCUGCGAGAGCCGCCUCUUCUCGCCCGGAACAGGUCUGCCGCGGGCCUAGAAACGGGCUGAAAGUCGCUUAGCCGAUGCGCUUCGACGGAUGCGCCCGCAGGGUAGGGAGGGCAGCGGUGCGCCUGGAGAAAGACUGCUGGCAGGGGCAUGCACCGGAAGAGUUUUGCCUUUUAAGUCAAAAGGCUGUUUGGCAUCGGGGCAAAUAACGAGCACCAACUUGAUUAAAAUAUUGGGGUUGGGGCAGGUAGGUCCUAUCCCGCACAACUGAUCACAAGACAUGGCACGCGCACACUAUUUGAAUAGCAGUGCCCAUCAACUUUGGGGGACCCCAGUUGGCUCCUGCGAUGGGCGCAAAGUUCUGGUGUUAUGAAAAAGGGACAAAAAGUUUUCUCUAUCCACUUUCUGAGCUUUCCUGAGGAGAGCAUUCCAGAGAGAAAGAUGGUGUUCACCACCUAGUUCACUUAGGACAGUGAGCACAUGAGGUGAGGAGGCUCUGAAGACGGGCAGGGUCCUGUAGAGAGUAGAUCCUGGAUCUACAGAAAGUAGAUGCCAUUGUGGUGCUGGAAAGCAAGCAAGCAAACAAGCAGACAAACAGACAGACAGACACUCCUCAAGACAAGCAACCCAUUCUUUACCACUAGACCCCUACUGUUACUUGAAGAAAAGCCUCUUUGCAUAGGUAAUGUUGUUUAUUAUCACCACUGUAUAAUAAAUAUUUAAUUUACUACAUAAGUAGUGUAUCUUCUAAACUGGGCAAUUUUGCCCCAAAAUCCGGGGGGGGGGUUAAAGCAUUGGUGGCAUAAUAAAGGUGCCUCGGAGUGUGUUCUGGGUGUUCUGUGCAUGCUUAGGGGGUAAUAAGGAACCUGAGAAGUGCAAAGGAUAAUUCUCGUACGUAUUGCGAAAAUUGUGGGUUUUGUAGGUGCAUAAGCAUAUUUGCUAUGGGCUUGCAUAUGUGUGUUACAUGUAAGACUAAGCCUGCACACACCAAACAUUACGCAUGACUUCUCACAAAGAAUCCUGGGAACUGUAGUUUACUCCUUGCAAAGCUUCAGUUCCCAGCACCCUUAACAAACCAGUUUCCAGGAUUCCUUGGGGGAAACUAUAUUUUUUAAAUGUAUAUUGUUUAUGCAGCGAAAAAGUACGCUACCACCCGCAAAAUACCCUUUGAUACUUUUGUGCUCUCCUCCCAAAUAUUCUCAUGUAGCACCCCCACUGCAAGGGGACCAGCCUGCGAUAUCCUUGCUCAGAGGAGCAUAAUGCUGAUGUGGUGAGCCAGUGCAAAAUUAGGCUUGCCAUACGUCAGGAAAAAUCCUGACAUGUCCUGGUUUUAGGGUGUAAAAAUGGUGGGAAUUUUGCCGAUUCGGCAAAAUCUCAGGGGAAACCUAGAUGUAUGGCAACGCGAUGGAAAAACCAGCGGAAACAGUUUCAAAAGCUCAACAAUUUUACUUUUUGAAAUAUGGCAACCCUAGCAAAAUCCUUAACAACCAAGGCCCCAAAGGGUCUUUCGGAGCGUCUUGCGAGCCCAAAGGUCGCGCUCGGGAAAAGCGACGAGCCUCCCUGCGCGCUGCCGGCCAAUGGCAAAGCAGACGGUGAGCGCUGCUGGCAACAGCUCCGCCCACUUCUGACAUCAUCUGCCCCGGCUCCGGUGCUCUAACUCAUCCGGUUCUGCCGUGCCCGCUCUCUAUUCUUCCCGACCGGGCGGUGCUCCCUAGAGGAAAGGUUCCGGCCCAGCCAUGGCCGCCUCGGCACCCUCCCCGGCAACCUCGGAGCCAGCGGCGAAGCCGCUACAGGGCGCCAUGAAGCUGGCCAGGGGCGCCCUCGAGCUGGACGCCGGAGACCGGCCGCGGGUGAGAGGGGAUGGGGGAGGGGCGGCGAAAAGCUCCCCUCCGGCUUUAAAGGAGAGGGGAUGUUUUGCUCGGGUCGGAGUACGUGUGAAUGCGCAUUCCGUGUUAGCUGCUGCCGGGGGUUUGGCAUGGCUUUGAAGAGAGGGGAGGGGUUGAGGUGCCUUUGGAUUCCCCAGGCCCCUCUCUGCCCGACGUCCACGGGCCCGGGCGGGGUGGGGCUCUUUCCUCUGCGGCGGACAAAGACCCUGCGGGGCAUCCCGCUCCUUCUGCGCCAGCGGCCCAUCCAGUGGUCAGCGCUGCCCAGCUCCCCACUUUCCUCGGCCUUGGCGUCCGGCCCCCUACCCUUGCUUUGGAAGCGCCCUUGCACACGCCUCGCAUCGCUUCAAGCUCCGUAUUGCAAAUGCCGUCUGCGUCCGUUGCUUUGUUCCACGACUAGAUUGCUGUCUUUAAAAAACAAACACAAAAACGAUUAUUCAUGUGGUGCCUUCAGUGGGUUUCCUUUACUGGUUUCCUUAGGAGGAUUUAAAUGCACCAGGCUGGUGCCCUCCAGAUGUUUUGGACUACAACUCCCAUCAGCCCUUGUUAGGGGCUGAUGGGAGCUGUAGUUCAUAAGACGAUCCUGCUGGAUCAGACCAAUGACCCAUCUAGUCCAGCAUCCUGUGGCCAACCAGAUGCCUGUGGGAAAGCAGGGCCUGAGUGCAAGAACACUCUCAGCAAAGUGUUUUCUAGCAACUAGUAUUCAAGAGCAUAGCUGCCUCCAACCGUGGAAUUCAAAACAUCUGGAGGGUACCAUGUUGGAUCAAGCUAGGCCUUGCCCUUUCACGAACACUCAUUUAUUUGGCUUCAAGUUAGGAUUAGAGCCUGCCACACUCCUUUCAGAGAGUAGCAUUUCUUUGUGGCCAACUUUUCAGGGGUUGCAUGUCAGGGGUGGGCAUGGCCAGAGGCAAAACUGAGCAGAGCAAGAGAUGUGGUGUCAUUACAUUAAAUGUUCCUGUAAAUAGCCAAUUGCCAAGAAAAGCCGACAUGGCCACAUUUUAUUUCAAAAAAGGAAUCAUAGAAUCAUAGAAUCAUAGAGUUGGAAGAGACCACAAGGGCCAUCGAGUCCAACCCCCUGCCAAGCAGGAAACACCAUCAGAGCACUCCUGACAUAUGGUUGUCAAGCCUCUGCUUAAAGACCUCCAAAGAAGGAGACUCCACCACACUCCUUGGCAGCAAAUUCCACUGUCGAACAGCUCUUACUGUCAGGAAGUUCUUCCUAAUGUUUAGGUGGAAACUUCCUCCAAAUGGGAUUGGUAAAAAGAAAUUUGAAAGGCAAAGUCAAGAGAUUCAAAUCAUUCCAAAAUGCUUGGGAGAUGUUUAAAAACAUAAUAUUAGAAAUUCCACUGGAGUGUAUACUGCAGAUCAGGAAGGUACCACGAGGUCCAAGAAGAUCCCAGUGCUGUUAGAGGCAAGGAGGCUUCCUUAAAAAAGUGGAAGUCUUGUCCAAAUGAAGGGAACAAAAAAAAAGCACAAACAUUUGCACAAAAAGUGCCUGCAGACAGCAAGGAAUGCUAAAAAUAUAUAUUGAGCACAUUGCUAAAAACAUUAAGACAACUACAAAGUAGCUCUUUAAAUGUAUUAGUAGCAGGAGUCUUUCUUGGCAGCUGGUUGGUCCCUUUGGCACUCGAGGGAGUCAAAGGUGUGCUAAAGGAGAAGAAAUUGCAGAGAAAGCAAAUGAGUUAUGUGGGUCUUGUCUUCACUAUGGAAGAUACAGGGCAGACCCCUUGGCCUGAACUAACUUCUGCAAGAGGGGAGUAUGAGAAACUGAGGCAGAUACCGGUGACAAGAGAUGAACUUGUAGGCCUAAGAGACAAAAUAAAAACUAUUGUGUUUGAAUCCUGCUUGCAGGUUUCCAUAGGCAUCUGGUUGGCCACUGUGAGGAUCGGAUGCUAGUCUAGAUGGAUCUUUGGCCUGAUCCAGCAGGCUCUUCUUAUAUUAUUAUCCCCUGCUCUAUAGCACCCCAAGUGGCAAUAUUUUCAGGGCUGACAAUGCAAUUAGCACACUGCCUGAGAGAGCUGGUGCAGCAUCCUCUGGGACAGGAUUCUGACUCAUGCCUCCCAAAUUGUUGCACUCCAGCCAAGCAUCUUGGACUGGUCGUGAGGAUGGGAAGAGGAGGAGCUGUGUACCGAUAGUGGGGACUUGCCCUGCUGAACUGAAUUUCUCUCCUGUCUCCCUCUGUUUGGCAGGAAGCCUACGUGGAAUACCUGAAGAGCAUCAGCUACAUUUCCCAGGUCCUGUUGGAAGAGGCGGCAGCAGGCAAUGGUGUGUCUAGGGUUUUGCUUUGCAGCUUAAGCGGUUGCUCUCCUGGCUGGUUUAUGUUUCUCGUGGCUGGAAGGUGCCACUUCCCAAGGUGGCGAUGGGCUCGUGUGGAUUGCUGAGCCCUUAGGCUGCCUCCGUGGCUCUUAAGAAUGUGUUCUACAGGGGACUAGGAGGGCUGUUAGGAAUAAGCAAACACGUCUGGAUACUCAGGACCAUAACAAAUAUUUGUAGAGCUCAGAGAUAGCAACCAGUGUAUUUGCUUAGCGAGUUGUGAACUCUGCUGUGCCCCACCCCACCAAGUUUUCCUGCUAGUCAAUAACAUCCCUCCUCUCCUGGAUAGUGAGGCUGGCUGGACAAAACUGGGCAGAUUUCAUGGCUCCAUCUGGCAUGGAUCCUUCAGAAUGUCGAGGUGGAGGGACUCUUGAGAAGGCCCUUUGUUAAGCUGCUGUUGGCUGGAGGCACAUUGCCAAUUGCUGCAGUUCUUGAGUGUGUUUGUGGAAGGCUUUGGGGCUGCUCUUUCCUGAUGCGGUUCCUGCAAGAUGGGCCAAUCGUUGUGGAACAAGUAUGGAGAGCGUAGCCCUUCUGGCCAGAUGGGGGCAGGGAAGGUGACCUUGUGGUUGAUGAUAGCGAGCCUGAGGAUAUUUGACUUCCAAAUGUGACGGGGCUGAGGCAUUGCACUUUUUCUGUCCUUCCCUUACAGCGGAUGGAAACGACAUGACACCCGACACUCCCAAGAUGCUGAAAGUGGCAGAGCAGUGCCUGGAAAGAGCCAAAAGCAGCAUUGCCAAAAUCGGUGAGAGGUGUUCCUCUCUCUCUCUCUUGCUUCAUUUCUGUUAUUAAUUUUGUUGUUGUUAAAAUGUGAUUUUGGGCUGAAAUUCCAGGAUGAAAGCUAAGGAGGGAGCUGCAUGUUUAAUAUUCACAUUAGUGAAUUGUUUAUAAAUCGCAUAACAAGUUAUAACAGCUCAUCGCAAAUCCUUCCAGGGAUGGGCCAGGGAGGCUUUGUGGUUCUUUGCUUUGCCCAACGCUGUGCUGUUGUCUUUUCUCCCCGACACCAGGGAAAACUAAGCUGAAGCUGGCAGCAGCGGAGAGGAUUUUGGGCCCUGCUCCUGUCUCCCGCCACCGCAGGGUCUUCUCGGAUGAAGGUGGGAAGCUGUCGCCUUUCCUGCCUCCCGAGAUGUUCCAGAAGCUGCAAAUUACAGAAGUGCAGUGUGCGAAAAAGUAAGGGGAGCCUUCUUGGUGUGCUGGUGGCUUGACUUCGGGGGUAAGGGAAGGGUGGCGGCUGAAGCUCCCAGCCUUCUGCUGGAGGUUCCUGGGAUAACCAGUUCUGGGCUGAGAGUUUCCUCUGUUUCUGCUGACCCUUUGAAGCAUUUCUGCUUCCUGUGCAGGGAGCUCACCCCUCUGGAGGAGGCAUCGCUGCAGAACCAGAAGCUAAAGGCCACCUACGAGGCUCGGCUGGCCCGCCUCAACCCCAGUCAAACCAUGCAGAAGACAUCGCUGGCAAGUGGAGUGCAGUGGGUGGCCUGGAGGAUGGGUCCCAAUAGGGCUGAGUACAACACCCCACCCCACCAUCCUGAUCUGGGGCCAAGUUGACCCACAUCUGGGCCCUGAAUUGAUUUGGGCGUCAGCCCAUAUGCUUAAUUAAACAUGUGGUUGGAAGGAGGAAAAAGGCGCUUCCUUCGGUCCUGCUGGGGGCUGCGGGGAAUGCGUUGGCAAAGCAAAUCUUGAAGGGGUGUCCUGCCUCUCCUCCCUGCUCCCCACUGCCCAACUGCUUGCUUUUCAAGAGCCCUGGGAAUUUUGGGAGUGGGGACCUCCUUGCACAGCCUUGAAAAUGUGGCACUGGGUUGGUGGUGGAAGCGGAAGUUGCAGCUCCUCUUCCUGGCUGAUCCCUAAGUGCAGCAGAAUGCAGAGCAGACCCCUACAUUGUUCGUCUGGCUCCCCCGCUCUGACCAUGGCUGUGGGCUGCUCCCCUGGAGGUGCUUAGUUGCCUUCUGGUACCCAGCAGGCUGUGCCUCUGCCAUCUCCUGUUUUUUAAGAAGCUAAUUUCAAGGGAACGAACCACCUGCCACCAUAGCAAUUUCCUAACAGUAGUGAUGGUGGUGCAGUUGUGCAUAAUGAGUACACAACACCAUCCAUUGACAAAUUGUACCAGCAGUGACAACAUGCAUGUGAAGCUCCAGGCUACAGAGGUGGGGGAUUUGGGGCCCCCACAGCUUCUAUGGUUGCUUUGUGGAGGAAAUGUUUUUGGUGUCCUUGUCCUUCUUCUUUCCCCACUCCUGGUCCAAACAGUUCUGUGAAGUGUAGCCUCAGUGCCAUUUCUUUACCCUACAGACGCUUUCCCUUCAGCGCCAGAUGAUGGAGAACUUGGUGAUUGCAAAAGCGCGAGAAGAGACAGUAUCCUUUUCUGGGGAAGAUGCUUAAUUGCUCUUCAACCAUCCUUGGAGGUGGCCAACUCAGGGGGCCAUAACAGUAAGAAGUUUGGCAGGGACAGUUCCUUGCAGGUUCUCAGAUCUGUGAAUGGGAUUAAAUCAUACCUGUCUAAUUUUUCAGGGGUAGCCAACCCUGAUUCCCUCCAGGUGUUGACUACAACUCUUGUAGAAACAGAUGACUGACAGCAGUGGUUCUCCAGGAUUUCAGGCAGGAAGACUCUCCCAGCCCUACCUGGAGAAGCCAGUGGGAAUUAAACCUGGGACACCUUCUGCAUGCAAAGAUGCAUUGCCUCCCUCAUCACUCCUAACUGCUGUCCGUGUUGGCUGGAGCUGAGCCCACAAUACAUGGAGGGCACUGUCUAGAUUUCCCCUGCCCUAGUUAUUCAGGGGCUCUACUCUGAGUGAAGGUCUGGGUCUUUGUGCGGGAGUUGAUGGUUAUUACUGGGAGAUCAGCUUUUGUGUCUCUGCUUUACUGAGAUUGUCAAGGUGGGAGAAGAAUGCUGGCAAACUGGAAUGCCUCCAGGAGUCAGCUGCAGGGCAAAUUGUAAAAUGACAACUAGCUGGAGAAGUCUGGGUGCAGAGAAGGAGGAGGUGGCUGUUACUGGGCCUAAGGGUGCGCAGAAUAGUCCGGGCCUUGAAAAGGGAAUUAGGAAGGUGAGCCACUUCUUGAGCAGAAUGGCCAGAGACUAAGCCAGGAAGCAGGGCUGACCUGCUCUCGCCAACUUGGUGCCCUUCAGCUGCUUUGGACUACAACUCACAUGAAGCCUGAGGUCAUGGACGCCACAGCACUGUUGGGAUCGGGGAAGGGAGGAAGGGGAAGGAAAGGGUAGAGAGCUGAAUUGUGGGAAACUGGGUUGGAGAAAGCAGGAACCUUCCCUUUCCACCCCGAUUUCAGUCACAUUGGAACAGAGAGCAGGGAUGCCAUCUCUUCCCUCUUGACCUUCCUGCGAAGCAGAGAGCCUCAGUGGAAGCUGGGAAGGGCUUUAAUCAGCCAAGGGAGGGGGCAGAAUGACUGAACAGGAGUCAGAACCAGGCCCCUCCUUCGCAGAUGAGAGCAGACCCAGCUGCCCCUCGGAGCAUGCACUUGCAGUCUUGACCUUCCCUUGAGGCGAGAGCAUCUCCUGAGUGCGCAUGCCACAUCUUGGCUUUAAAAGUGUGGCAAGAGGGGCGGGCAAACUUGUUGGGACAUCUUUGUUGCUUACACUUGCUGCUGAACUUCUUGCCUUGCUCCUGAACUCCUGAAUCAUUACUUAUGAGCCCUCAUUCUCCUGAUGAACCUUUCCCGCCACCUGCCUGAACAAAGCUCUCUUUCUUACGUUCAGGGAAAAACCUCUGCCUGCAUAUGUUGUGGGGGAGCCAGGUUGCCCAGCUAGCAUGGCCGUACAAUUACAGGCCUGAUGGGAGUUGUAGUCCAAAACAGCUGGAGGGCACCAAAGGCUGGCCAAAUCUAGUGUCACAUCUCCCGCAGUGAGCCAGGCAGAUGCCUCUGGGAAGAUCACAGUCGGGACCCAGAGGCAGCAGCCUCGCCUGUUUCUUUGUGUAGAGCGGUGGACUAGUAAUCUGGUGAACCGGGUUCGAUUCCCCGCUCCUCCACAUGCAGCUUCUGGGUGACCUUGGGCCAGUCACACUUCUCUGAAGUCUCUCAGCCUCACUCACCUCACAGAGUGUUUGUUGUGGGGGAGGAAGGGAAAGGGGAUUGUUAGCCACUUUGAGACUCCUUCGGGUAGUGAUAAAGUGGGAUAUCAAAUCCAAACUCUUCUUCUUCUUCGUACCCAGCAACUGAGAUUUAGUGGUUCUGACCCUGUAGGUCAAAUCCCACCCUUCUGUUAAUAACCAGGGACAGACCAUCACAUUCUCCUCCAUGGAUUUGUCUUGCUAGCGGGUUGCAAUCCUCUGCCCCUGAUCUUCUUUUUUUAAAACUGAAAGCAGUUGGACAAUCCUGCCAUUGUCCUCAUGUCUUUCCCUGCCCCCUGUUCCAGGCUAGGCACGCACACUACACCCAGACUCCCCUCCUUGGAUUUACCCCCAACACUGUUUCCUUCUCUUGGUAGACUUUGGAAUUCCCCCUUCCCCCGCACCUUGUAGGGAUGUCUGUGAGGUUAUAUGCUGGUGGCUGGGCUCCUCUCUUCCUCUCCAGUGGCUCCCUUCCCCCCCAACUGACCAGGAGGACUGGAGUUACUGGAUGCCUCCUAUGUUUACCUGCCCAUGAGCUUGUGAUGCUUGCAAAUGGAGGAAGAGACCCCUUGUUGGCCUCUGGGGAGAUGUGGUCACUCUGGCAGAGGCGGAGGAAGAGGGAGUGUUGCAUUGUGAAACCUUAACUCUGCUUCCCUCCAGCUCCAGAGGAAGAUGGAGGAGCGCCGGCUGAGGCUGCAGGAAGCGGCCAACAGGUGAGUCUGUCCUGUGGGGGCCAAGCAAAGCCUCCUUGUGCCCCUAGAUCGUGGCUUGGAAAGGGAGGCCUGGGUGCUCUGCUCCCCCACUGACCCCGAGCCUUGUGCUUGCAUCUCCUUAGGAGGUUUUCAAGCAAUGCGGUGCUGACCCCAGAAGAGCAGGAGCAGAGGGCCAUUUACGCCGCGAUCCUGGAGUACGAGCAGGACCAUGUACGUGCGAGGCCAGCGAUGGGUGGUGUAGUUGGUUGUGACAGCGCAAAACCGAGUGUCCUCUACCUGGUGCCUCUCAAGGUCCAGCUCUGAAAGGAUGUGGUCCUUUACUGGAAAGGGCAGGGGUGACAGAGAGCCACCGUGGGGGGCCUGAGUCUGGAAAUGGGGCGGAGAGGCUAAAUCCACCCAGCAUUCUUGGUUGUGCUUGGGGGAUUUAAAGGGGAGAGCUGCAGCUUGGCUGGAGAGCAUGUGCUUGGCAUGCAGAAGGGUCCAGGUUCAGCUCCUGGGGUUGUAUUUGGGGCUGGGAAAGGACCCGCUGCCUGGGAAAACCUGGAGAGCUGUUUCCGGUUAGUGUUGGGUUGACUUGGCCAAAGCAUCUUCCUGUGCUCUGCGCUAAGCCUUCUCUUUGCAAAUCCAGAAUCAUAACAGGAAGGGAAUCUAAGGUCCCUUAAUGGGAAGUCUCCCCCCUCGCCCUGGCUGAAGGCUAGACUACUUAUCCCCUUGCCUAGGUGGGUCAGGCCCCGAGGGACAUCCCCCCAAACACACACACAGCAGGGGGGGGGGGAAUGGAGCCGUCAACCAGCACCAUGUUUGCAGCUUUCGGUGUUUGCCAGAUGGGAAUUGGGGACUGUUCUGCAAGUGGAAAGGGUGGCUGGCACAAGGCAAUGGUGUUCUCUGCUCCCACAGGAGUGGCCAAGGUUGUGGAAAGCCCAGCUGAGGAAAAGCCCCAACGAUCUGUCCCUGGUGCCCAAGCUCAUCUCCCACCUCCUCAGGUAAGGAGCAAAUGGUUGUAACCUGUGUGGGCUUUGCUAGGAGGCCUUGGGCAGGAGAAAUUACUGCAGCAUGUAAUAUGUGAGACUGCCUCUGAAGACGGUACAGAAACUUCAGUUGGUGCAGAAUUUGGUGGGCAGGUUGCUCACUGGGACAACAUGGUUUGAGCAUAGAAUGCCAAUCCUGACCCAACUACACUGGCUGCCCGUCAGUUUCCAGGCCCAAUUCAAAGUGCUGGUUUUGACCUAUAAAGCCUUAAAUGGCUCAGGACCACAAUACCUCAAGGACUACCUCUCUCCAUAUGAACCUACCCAGACCCUGAGAUCACCUUCUUAGGCCCUUCGUGUACAUCCUCUCUGAGAGGUCCAGAGGGUGGCAACACGAGAAUGGGCCUUCUCUGCAGUGGCUCCAUGCUUGUGGAAUACUCUCCUCAGGGAGACUAACCUGACAACUCCAUUACAUAUCUUUAGGUGCCAGGCAAAAACAUUCCUUUUCUCUCAGGUCUUCAGCUAAUUAAACAAUCUGUGGCCUUUUAAACUGUCUUUGGCAGGUGGGAGGGGUAUUGUUUUAUUGUUUUUGUUUGUUACUAUGUCUGUAUUCUUGUGUUUUUAUAUUGUAUUUUUGGAUGAUAGUUUUAUUAGUUUUCAAUUACAAUCCAAUAAUAGCCUCAUUGUAACAAUAUCAAUUUAUAAUAUAAUUACUAAUGCCAAUUGUUCAAAUACCGAAUUAUAUAAUUUAGAUAGGGUGGCCCCCUUCAUGCUAGAAUUGAUGAUUUGAUGAUAUUUUUUUUCUGUGUUCCAAAAUCUUAUUAAUUUCAAUUACAUUCUGGUCAUAAUAAUAAUAAUCCCUUAUACAACAACUGCAAUAUUUACAUUGUAAACUGCUCUGUGAGCCUCUGAUGAAAGGUGGUAUAGAAAUUUAAUAAAUGAUAUUUUUAAAAUGGUGGUAGAUUAUUGUGGCCCAAGCAGGGGUGGUGGCCUUGAGGUUGCCUGUGAGUGCCCUUCUCAGCAUUGCGCAUGCUCCCGCCGUAAGAUGCGGCAAGGGAAAAGCAUUCAUCAGCUGCUGGGGAACUCCCUGCCCCGUGACUGUCUUCAGACAAGUCAUUGCCUGAGCAUCUGUCAGAAGCUUUGGAAGGACUUUUCAGGAAUGACUUAUGAGGUGCAUACUUAAGUUGUUGUGUAGCCUGGAUUUUCAGUCAGCUAAUAUUUUGGCUUCUAGCACAUAAUCAGACAUCUGCUUUCCUUUUUUUUUUUUUAAAUGAUAUUUAUUAAGAAUUUUAAGAUUACAGAAAAGUCAAAGAGAAAAAAAAGAAAAAAGCAAGGAAAAAACAUCUGCUUUCCUCCCAAUAUGCCUUGCAGAAUCGUUGUGGAAGUAAACUGGGGGCACCCUGAGCUCCUUGGAGGAAAGCUGGAGAAAUAAUAAUAAUAAUAAUAAUAAUUUAUUAUUUAUACCCCACCCAUCUGGCUGGGCCUCCCCAGCCACUCUGGGCAGCUUCCAUAGAAACCAAAAAUACAGUAAAAUAUCACACGUUAAAAACUUCCCCGAACAGGGCUGCCUUAAGAUGUUUUCUGAAUGUCAGGUAGUUGUUUAUCGCUUUGACAUCUGCUGGAAGGGCGUUCCAUAGGGUGGGCGCCACUACCGAGAAGGCCCUCUGCCUGGUUCCCUGUAGCUUUGCUUCUCGCAAUGAGGGAACCGCCAGAAGGCCCUCGGCGCUGGACCUCAGUGUCCGGGCAGAACGAUGGGGGUGGAGACGCUCCUUCAGGUAUACUGGACCGAGGCCGUUUAGGGCUUUAAAGGUCAGCACCAACACUUUGAAUUGUGCUCGGAAACGUACUGGGAGCCAAUGUAGGUCUUUCAAGACCGGUGUUAUAUGGUCUCGGCGGCCGCCCCCAGUCACCAGUCUAGCUGCCGCAUUCUGGAUUAGUUGUAGUUUCCAGGUCACCUUCAAAGGUAGCCCCACGUAGAGUGCAUUGCAGUAGUCCAAGCGGGAGAUAACCAGAGCAUGCACCACUCUGGCGAGACAGUCCGCAGGCAGAUAGGGUCUCAGCCUACGUACCAGAUGGAGCUGGUAAACAGCUGCCCUGGACACAGAUUUGACCUGUGCCUCCAUGGACAGCUGUGAGUCCAAAAUGACUCCCAGGCUGCGCACCUGGUCCUUCAGGGGCACAGUUACCCCAUUCAGGACCAGGGAAUCCUCCACACCUGCCCGCCUCCUGUCCCCCAAAAACAGUACUUCUGUCUUGUCAGGAUUCACCCUCAAUCUGUUAGCCGCCAUCCAUCCUCCAACCGCCUCCAGACACUCACACAGGACCUUCACCGCCUUCACUGGUUCUGAUUUAAAAGAGAGGUAGAGCUGGGUAUCAUCCGCAUACUGAUGAACACCCAGCCCAAACCUCCUGAUGAUCUCUCCCAGCGGCUGCAUGUUAAAUGUUGAAAAGCAUGGGGAGAGGACAGAACCCUGAGGCACCCCACAAGUGAGAGCCCAGGGGUCUGAACACUCAUCCCCACCACCACUUUCUGAACACGGCCCAGGAGGAAGGAGCGGAACCACUGUAUGACAGUGCCCCCAGCUCCCAGCCCCUCAAGACGGUCCAGAAGGAUGUUAUGGUCGAUGGUAUCAAACGCCGCUGAGAGAUCCAGCAGAACUAGGAAACAGCUCUCACCUUUGUCCCUAGCCCGCCGGAGAUCAUCAACCAGUGCGACCAAGGCAGUUUCAGUCCCAUGAUGAGGCCUGAAUCCCGACUGGAAGGGAUCCAAAUGGUCCGCUUCUUCCAGGCGUGCCUGGAGUUGUUCAGCAACCGCUCGCUCAAUCACCUUGCCCAAGAAUGGAAGAUUUGAGACUGGGCGAUAGUUGGCCAUCGUGGCCGCAUCUAAAGAUGGUUUUUUAAGAAGCGGUUUAAUAACCGCCUCUUUCAGCGGGUCUGGGAAGGCUCCCUCACGGAGGGAAGCAUUCACCACCCCACGAAGCCCAUCGCCCAGUCCUUCCCGGCUAGCUUUUAUAAGCCAGGAUGGGCAAGGAUCCAGGAGACAGGUGGUUGGUUUCACUCGUCCAAGCAGCCUGUCCACAUCCUCGGAGGUAACAGAUUGGAAUUGAUCCCACUCAACUUGACUAGACAAAACUCUAGCACUCUCCCGCCCCGGCCCUGCUCCCACGGUGGAGUCUACUUCUUCCCGAAUCUGAGCGAUUUGAUCUGCAAAAAACUUUGCAAAAUCAUUGCAGGAGAACAUGUGGCCCGUACUGGGCCCCGAUGUUGCAGGUGGUUCCGCUAAAUUGUGAACCACCUGAAAAAGUCUCCUGCUGCUGUUUUCUGCAGAUGCAAUAGAGGCGGUGAAGAAAUUCUUCUUCGCCAUCGCUAUCGCCACUUGGUAGGCUCGACGUUGAGCUCUAACCUGUGUCCGGUCAGAUUCGGAAUGAGUUAUCCGCCACCGGCGCUCUAGCCGUCUCAACGAUUGUUUCAUUGCCCUCAGAUCCGUGGAAAACCACGGGGCUGUCCGGGCUCCAUGCAAUCGGAGAGGGCGCUCAGAGCCAAACAGUCAAUAGCCCUGGUUAACUCCACAUUCCAGCGGGCCACCAGGGAAUCAGCUGAAAGGCCAUCAACAUGGGAUAAAGCAUCCCCUACCACUCUCUGGAAACCAUUUGGAUCCAUUAAGUGGUGGGGGCGGACCAUCCGAAUUGGUCCCACCUCCCUGCAGAGGGGAUGGGUUGCAGAGAAGUCCAGUAAAGGCAGAGUUGUCACCACCUAACUUCUACUGAGAGUAGACCCACUGAAAUUAAUAGACCUAACACAGUAAUGCCCAUUAAUUUCAAUGGGUCCUCACUGAGCUUCACUUACAGUAGAUACAACACAAAUCAUUUUGGUUGGCUGUGCAUGCUUACUUGCUUCCAAAUGAUCUUGCCAAGCAGUGGUGGAAGAGCAUCUGUGGGGCCCUCCAGAGGUUGGUGGGCUCCCACUCCCCUCUGCCCCAGCAUCUGGCAUGGCCAAUGGUCAGGACUGAUUGGAACUGGAGUCCAGCAACAUCUGGAGGCCCCCCAGAUCUUCCCUGCCCCUGUUGUGUCAAGGGUGCUGCUGCAAAUCUCUUACACCCACAGACCCCAAACCUUUCAGGAGGCAGCUGCUGCAAAGCUUAGAUAAACGAAGGUAAGGAUGUGACCCUGCACAGACUCCCCUGAGGUCAUCCCUCCUCUCGCCUGAGGGUCUUGUGUUCAUUUUAUGCUGUCAUGAGAUCUAGGAACCUUAAACCCUUCUCGGUUAUAGUCCAUGUCAUCUCUUGGGCAGCUGACAUCUCUGCACCUGUUGGCCAAAGGUGGCCUCCUUGUUUUGUUCUGCCCCAAGAGAGUGAGAGAGAAAGUGGUGCAGCCCCCAAAGGGAAUGGGUCCGUGGGUGCAGGUCCUUCCUACCAUGAUUCUCUAACAAGUCCCUCAUUUCCUUGCCUCCAGCUUUGCGGAUCACCCCAUCUGCCAGCUGCUGCGGAAGUUGCAGUGCUCGGCCUACAGCCGCGUCUAUCCACUCGUGAGCUGGGGCAGAGCAGACUCUCGAGCCGUUGGGAAGGUCUCCCGAGGCCUUUCCCUCUCCUCCUCUCUGGACGCUGAGGCCUUCCUCUCGCCAGCCCCCGAGGGCCGGAGGCUGCGGUCCUCCCAAAGCAUGCACUCCAUGUUCUCCGUCCAGGAAAACAACAAGCUCAACCUGCGGCACAGCGUUUCCAGCAGCCCCCUCAUCGAGGACCCCAGCCUGAGCACCCCGGAGCGGAGCCUGCCUCGUGAGGAGCCAGCACCUGCCCUGGCAGAGAAGGAGAGUUCCUUCGAAGACCUGGAGCAGUUCUUGUCUGCCUCCGAAGCCUGGCCUUCAGGGCCCCUGAGAGAGCCCCAGGGCCCGCCGGCCGGGAGGAAGCUGUCAAGCCAGCAAGAGCAGCUCAAAGCAGUCGUGAAGGACAUUCACAACUCCAUUGGUGAGAGCAGCUUAAUUUGUUUGCAAGAACGAAAGAGCCUUUUGCAUUUAUUAUGGAGUAAGGCUUUUGUGCGUUAGAUGUCUGUUUCGUCCAAUGCAUGCAGUUUCAUCUCGUGUUGCGAACACAUAUUAUAUAGAUCGAGGCUGUAAAAAGCAAAGUAAGAGGGAAAUGAAACAACGAGCAAAUCAGCAGUGGUGGUUCACAAUCUGUUUUGGAUGACGCAGACAUCCUGGCAUCAGUAUGCCAGUUAACACUCGUAACUUUAAAAAAAAAAAUCCUGUCUCUUGGUUCAGGUUUAUUCUACAUUAAAAGCAGCUUACAAAAGAUUUUCACAAUAAUAACCACCACCAAGUCUUUUGCAUCGGACACAGGGCAGGCGGCCAUGGCGGGGAGGGGUGACCCCUGACCUGGUGGGGGGGAGUGCUGUGAAAGUAGUAAGGAUGUGCCAAAUCCUACAAAGUUUCAAUGGACAAGUAUGUGAGAAUUCAAAAUCGAGGAUUUGCCCUUAGCUUCACCCACCCGCUUCAUCAUGCUCUUUUGAUUUUUUAAAAAUCGAAACCAGCAAGCGAACCUUGGGACGCUAUCCCGUCUCUGCCGAGAACAUCAACAGAGCCCCGCAAGUCCUCUUCUGAAACCAUCCAAGACAGCGGGCACCAUCCCCACUUCCUGUGGUGGCAAAUUCCAUCAAUCAGCCUCCCUGCUCUGCCUAGUCUAUUGCCCUCCAGUUGUUUUGUACUAAAACUCCCAUCAGCCCCAGCAUCAUAUGACCAUACUGACAGUUGCUGAUGGGAGUCGUAGUCCAAAACAUGAAGGGCACCAAGUUGUGAAAGGCUGCUUUGAAAGAUUCAUCUUCUGUGGCUCCCUGGGCACCACCAGAAGAGGGCAGCACUGCCUCCUUGGAAUCCUUGUCCCAGAAGGCUGUAAAGUGCUGAAUCUGUACCUUUCCCCUUAAAAGGGGUUUCUUGCAGUCUUGACCACCACCAUCUCGCUUUCAUUAGCUGACUCGUCCACAGAACCUACAGUCUUAGGUGGGGGAAUAGAGAAAAAUCCACACACAUGGGCUGAAAAUGUUGGUUCACUGGUGGCUGUUGCCCAUUGGGACGGGAGGCAGGGAGACCGAUAGAAUGCCAGAGCCAGGAAGCUUCCUCCUUCUACACAGGCAAGACUUGAGAUGGAGCAGGAGAAACCUGCCAGCCAGUUCACACAGGCAGGAGCUGGCUGAGGGCAGACGGAGGUUUUUUGGGCAGUGCCCCAUAUGGUGCCCCCCAAUGUUUUGGGGUUUUUUUAGAGCUCAGCAAUAUAUAUAUAUAUAUUUAAAAUAAAAUGGAUCUGCUGCUACACAUAACAGGAUCUCAUUUCCUUGCAUUAUUCUGAUAUUUGAUAUUUGCCUUGCAAGCAGAAGGUCCCAGGUUCAAUCCCCAGUAUCAUCUCCAGCUAGGGCUGGGAGAGACCCCUGCCUGAAAUCAUGGAGAGCCAAUCAGUCUGUAGGAUACUGAGCUACAUGGACCAAUGGUCUGACUUGGUAUAAGGCAGCUUCUUGCGUUCCAGUAAUCUAAGUGAGCAGAAAGAGAACAAUGAAAUGGGAGAGUGUGGAGUGCAGUGUAAGAAAGUUCUGACUUUCCCCAUGAGUGCUGUUGUUGUUGUUGUUGUUGCUGCUGCUGCUGCUGCUGUUGCUGUUGUUGUCAUCAAGUGUCAAUUUUUAAAAGAAAAAUCAUUAUUUUUAGUGCCCCUGCUUUGCUGGUCUCCCAAGGGCAUGCUCAGUCUGCUUUAUUGGCUAAUCAAGCGUUUCCUUAAAGGACCGGCCUUCCCUGUGUUGGUUUCAUUUGCUGACCACCCUGUCAGUCCUCCUCCUGGGCUGCCUUGUGGAAGUGUCCUGCGCCAGUCGCUCUCUGGAGCCUUCCUGGCUUGCUCUGCCUGAAUCGUUUCUCUCCCCAGACAGGCUGCUCUCCCUGACUUUGCUGGCCUUUGAGGGCCUGAACACAGCGGCCUCCAAGGACCAGUGUGUGGCACGUUUGGAGGAGGCCUUCUUUGCCCCCCUCUGGGGGCCUCUCCUGGCUGUGUACAGGUAAGGGGGCCAUGCCUUUUCUGGUGGAGAUCCUUGUAGCAGGACUUUUUGCAGCACAGCAGGCGGGGCGAGAGCCACCGGUUGAAAAGCCCUGCCUUGUGGACAGUUGCUUCCACUUGGGAGGGAGGAUAUUGGGCCACCUCCCUGGUGGAGGGGCUGGUUUUGCCUGCAGUGACUUGUAUUGAUAUAUUGUUUAUUUCAUAACAUUUAUAUGGCGCUUGAUUGUAACCCUCAAAGCGGUUUACCAGAAAAGCAAUAAAACCAUAAGCGAAAAACAGCUAUUGAAAAACUUUCAGAUGGCUAUUAAAAUCAGUGCUACGCUACAGACAGAUUAAAGCAUAUGUAAACAUUCUACCUAUCUGGUUAGGCUUGUCUAAGCAAAAAUGCUUUUAGUAGGUGCCCAAAAAAAGGGUCAUACAGUGAAGGUGCCUGCCUGAUUCAAUAGGCAGGGAGUUCCAAAGUUUCUUAUGAGUGUGGAGCAGGUGUUAUGUUGUACCUGCAAUAAGUGGUGGUUCAGAUUAAAGCGGCUAAGUGGGCUUGUAUGGGGCAAGGUAUUCCCACAAGUAAACUGGUCCCGGUUAAGGGCUUUGUAUACUAACACAUUGAACUUGGUCCGGUAGCAAAUGAGCAACCAGCGUAGGUUUCUGAGCACAGGUGUUGUACACUGAAAGGGUCCUCACUCUCUCACCACUCGUGCUGUGGCAUUGUUGUCUGUGACUUAGCAGCCAGAAAGCUGUUUGCUGUUGAAUUAAGGGUAAAAUGCAUUUUCUUUGGAUCUGGGUUGGGGCCUGUGAGUUUGGGAAACCCCACAACAUCCAUUCAGGCUGUUCCUUUCUCUCCCCCUUUGCUCCCCACCCCACACACAGGAAUGUCUACAAAGCCCGGGAAUCAGCCCUUUCCAAGAUCAUGGAGCUGCAGAGAAAUACGCCCCCCUCUGAAAUGGGGAUCUCUUCUAAGCUGCUCCCCCAGGGGAACACUACCUGGGGAAUCGGAUCCUACCCGUACUGCGCCGCUGUGCAGGAGCUGAUGCUGAUUCCUCUGGGCAGCUGCCCUCAGAAGAAGCUGGAAUGCAUAGGUGAGGCUACCUGAUGCAAGUGAGGUGCUGAGCACCCAAGCACUGGAGACCUGUGCAGAAUCCAGAACCAUUGGUGCAUUAAACACUUGGCAGACUGCAUGUCUGUCUAUCUAGAGUGCUAGUGGGGAAGAAACUUAGGAACAGAGCCGGGCCUUUGGCCCAUCCAGCUUCAUGCUGUCUUACACUGACUGGCAACAGUUCUCCAGGGUUUCAGGAAGGGGAUACUCCCCCAUUGGGGGCUGAAUCUGAGCAUCACAGUGCUCUCCCCUCCUGUGGCUUCCAGCGACUGGCAUGCGGAAGCAUCACUGCCUCCAGCCAUGGAGACAGAGCACAGCUUUUGUGGCUAGUAGCCACUGAGAGCCCUCUCCUCUACGAAUCAGUCCAUUCCUCUUUUUAAAGCCAUCUAAGUUGGUGAGGGGCAUGGACCUGAUAACUGACUUUGUAUUGUGUUCCUAUGGCACCUCUCUUUAACACGCCCACUGUCUUUUGGCUGCCGUUCCCUGCAGUGCGGACGUUGCGUGUCAUCUGUGAAUGUGCUGAGGAGUACUGCGGGGGCCGGGAGGGCCGGCCCCAGCCAGCAUCGUCUGCCAUGUAAGUACUGCAGCCCAAGUCCUUCCUGUGUGGAGAAGCCCUGGGUUGGCCCUGGGUGGCAAGAGGCUUCCUCUGUCUUGGAGCCUGCCCCUUCCUCGAGGCGUGGGCUACUGCUUCUUCCUUCCUUUGCACAGGCCCUCCCCUCCCCUCCUCUGCUGUCUGGAGCUCCCGGCACUGCCAUUGACUCACUCUCGCUGGCUCCAGGCUUUCCGCUGCCCAGACACGCACCCAGCAAGGGGGCUCGGCCGUGAUGGAUGCCUUCCGACAGCGGGGCUCCCCGCUGUGCCCAGCCUGAGUGCCGGUCCCCGCGCCUGUGGACCGAGCCCGAGUCUGCCAAUUAAGGAGCUUGGAUCUGUCAGAGGGACUUAGCCCGCGAGCUGCAGAAGGGCAGUGGGGAGGGAGGGAGGGGGGAGCGGCUUCCCAGCCAAGCAGCGCUUAGCCAGGCAAAGGGGGAGGGAGAACUGUCAAAAGAAUUAAAGUGGGCGAGGGCAAGACAGCCCAAGGGCUUCAGGGGCAGAGCUCCAGGCCAGGCAGGAGGGGCCCUGACUCUUGGGACAAAUCUGCCAGGCUCCCCGCUGAGCAAGGGGAAGGAAUGCAAGGGUGUCUGGGGCCUGCCUCCAGGGAUGCUUUGUCUCGCCUGUUCCCCACAUUCCAGGGCUAGGCAAGUGGGGAGCUGCUUCCUCUCCCCUGGCCGAUUUGCGUCAGAGCACCUCCGACCACCGGCUGCUGGGGAAGGCCCUGGCAUCUGGGCAACAGCUGGCAAACUGACCAGCCUCUCUCUCUCUCUCUCCCCUACAAGAGUUACAAUUGUGCAAAAAAAAAAGUCUUCUUAGGUUGUAUGAGUAGCUUGUUUUGCCUGCCUUGGGUUGGCUUGCUUCCUUGCCCUCUUGGUCCCUCCCCUCCUCAUUUCCUUUUUUUUAUAUAUAUAAGAUAUUUAUUAGGAUUUUUUUAAAAUAUUACAAUAAAAAAUGAAAAAGAAAAAAAAUACAAAAUAAAAAUGAUUAAAAACACUCAGAUUUUCCAUUGCUUAUUUUUCUUUAGCUUGUUUCCCGGACCUCCUCAUACCUCCCUUUUUUGUAUUCCAGUUCAGUUUGUUGGUUCAGCAAAUCCUUACCCUCUUUGUUUAUCCUAAUCUUUGGUCUUAAAAUAGUAACGUUAGAUUUUUACCUCUUAACAACCCCUUUUUCAUAUUCCCUUAAAGCAUUACAGCUAGAAACCACUUAAUUUCUAUCCAACAUCGUUCUAACAUUCAUUAAUUUUACAAUAUUUCUGUAGAUAAUCUUUGAACUUCUUCCAAUCUUCUUCCACCGACUCUUCUCCCUGGUCUCGGAUUCUGCCAGUCAUUUCUGCCAGUUCCAUAUAGUCCAUCAGCUUCAUCUGCCAUUCUUCCAGAGUGGGUAGAUCUUGUGUCUUUCAAUACUUUGCAAGGAGUAUUCUUGCUGCUAUUGUGGCAUACAUAAAAAAGGUUCUAUCCUUCUUUAGCACCAAUUGACCGACUAUGCCCAGGAGAAAGGCCUCUGGUUUCUUCAAGAAGGUAUAUUUAAAUACCUUUUUCAGUUCAUUAUAUAUCAUUUCCCAGAAAGCCUUAAUCCUUGGGCACGUCCACCAAAGGUGAAAGAAUGUACCUUCAGUUUCUUUACAUUUCCAACAUUUGUUAUCGGGCAAAUGAUAAAUUUUUGCAAGCUUGACUGGGGUCAUGUACCACCUGUAAAUCAUUUUCAUAAUAUUCUCUCUUAGGGCAUUACAUGCCGUAAACUUCAUACCUGUGGUCCAUAACUGUUCCCAGUCAGCCAAUCAUUAUGUUAUGACCAACAUCUUGUGCCCAUUUAAUCAUAACAGAUUUCACCGUCUCAUCCUGAGUAUUCCAUUUCAACAGCAAGUUAUACAUCUUUGACAAAAUCUUAGUUUUGGGUUCUAAUAGUUCUGUUUCUAAUUUUGAUUUUUCCACCUGGAAACCAAUUUUCUUAUCCAGAUUAUAUGCCUCCAUUAUCUGAUAAUAAUGAAGCCAGUCUCGCACUUUGUUUUUUAAUUUCUCAAAACUCUGCAAUUUCAAUCUAUCUCCAUCUUGUUCCAAAAUUUCCCAAUAUUUCGGCCAUUUGGCCUCCAUAUUGAGCUUUUUCAGAGCUUUUGCUUCCAUCGGUGACAGCCACCUUGGGGUUUGUUUUCCAAUAAGUCCUUAUAUCUUAUCCGAACAUUAAACAAUGCUUUCCUGACAAUAUGGUUUUUAAAUGCUUUAUGCGCUUUGACCUUAUCAUACCACAGAUAUGCAUGCCAUCCAAAUACAUUGUUAAAACCUUCUAAAUCCAAAAUGUCAGUGUUUUCAAGAAGCAACCUCUCUUUCAACCAGCAGAAAGCUGCUGAUUCAUAGUAAAGUUUAAAGUCUGGCAGGGCAAAUCCACCUCUUUCCUUUGCAUCUGUUAAUAUUUUAAAUUUUAUUCUAGGCUUCUUGCCCUGCCAGACAAAUUUAGAAACAUCUCUCUGCCACCUCUUGAAACAGUCCAUUUUGUCCACAAUUUGCAAUGUUUGAAACAAAAACAACAUUCUAGGCAAUACAUUCAUUUUUACCGCAGCAAUACGGCCCAGCAGUGAAAGCUUCAAAUUUGACCAAAUUUCCAAAUCUUUUUUCACUUCAGCCCAGCAUUUUUCAUAGUUGUCUCUAAAUAAAUUCCCAUUUUUUGCUGUCAUGUUAAUCCCCAAAUAUUUAACUUUCUUAACCACUGUUAAACCUGUCUCAUUCUGAAACCUCUCUCCAUUGGUGUUAAAUUUUUCUCUAAAACCUUGGUCUUUAACUUAUUCAACUUAAAUCCUGCAACUUGACCAAAUUCUUGAAUCAGUUCUAAAACUCUUUUGGUACUAGAUUCUGGCUCCUGUAACGUCAAUACUAAGUCAUCUGCAAAUGCUCUCAGUUUGUACUGUUUGGCUCCGACCUGUAUACCUUUAACCAACCGGUCCCUUCUAAUCAUGUUCAGCAGAACCUCCAGGACCGAUAUAAAAAGCAGUGGGGAAAUUGGGCAACCUUGUCUUGUCCCUUUUUCUAUCCUAAAUUCUUCCGUCACCACAUUAUUUACAAUUAGUUUAGCCUUUUGUUCUGAAUAAAUUGCACUUAUACCGUUUUCAAAACCUUGGCCUACCCCCAUCCCCUGUAGGUUCUUCUUCAUAAAACUCCAAGAGAUAUUAUCAAAAGCUUUCUCCGCGUCCACAAAUAUCAAAACAGCUUUGGUAUUUAUGUUCACUUCUAAUUUUUCCAAAAUAUCAAUUAUAUUCCUCAAAUUAUCGGACAAGUGUCUUCCCGGGAGAAAGCCCGCUUGGUCUUUAUGAAUCUCUUCCAUCAAUACUUUUUUCAAUCUCUUGGCCAAAAUGUCUGCAAAAAUUUUGUAAUCCACAUUAAGUAACGAUAUGGGGUGGUAGUUCUUAAGCUGAGUCUUUUCAGUCUCUGUCUUCGGUAUAAGUGUAAUGUACGCCUCUUUCCAAGACUCUGGUGCCCUUUUCCCUUCCAAUAUUUCAUUGCAGACUUCCUUUAAAGGUUGUAAUAGCCACUCUUUCAAAGAUCUAUAAUAUCUAGAAGUCAGCCCAUCCGGUCCUGGAGAUUUGCCUAAUUGCAUGUUUUGAAUGGCACCUUCUACUUCCUGUUCAGAUAUUUUGUAGUUCAGCAUUAAUUUACUUUCUUGGGAUAUUUUUUGUAAGCCAUUUGUCUUCAGAAAUCGGUCUAUAUCCAUUUCCUUCUGUGGCCCUUGUGUAUAUAGUUGUUUCAAAUACCUCUGGAAACAAUUUCUAAUCUCAGUUGGGUUAUGUAUAUUCUUUCCUUCCACUUCUAAGUUUGUAAUAGUAUUUAAUUUUUGUCUUUUUUUCAUUUGCCAGGCCAGCAAUUUCCCACAUUUGUUAGCUGAUUCAAGUGUUUUUUUGUCUCAUUUGUUUAAUUUUCCAUUCUAUUUCCUGAUUCAUCAUUUCCAUAUAUUGUAUUUGAUAUAACUUUAUUUCUCUCAAAAUCUCCUGCGACUUUGGUUUUGCUCUCAAUUUCUUUUCACUUUCUUUUAUUUUCCCCAAAAUUUUAUCUUUCUUCUCAUUUUGACUUCUCUUCUUUAUUGCAUUCUGUUGUAUCAGAAACCCUCUCAUGACAGCUUUACUUGCGUCCCAGAUUACUCUUUUUCUACAUUAGUAUUCAUAUUUAUUUCAAAAUAGUCUCUCAAGGUUUUUGGGCCUUUUUAUACACUUCUUCAUCUCUAAAUAGGGUGUCAUUCAUCCUCCAUCUGAAGGAGCCAGUUGAUGUUAGUUUCAACUCCAUCCUUACUGCAUUAUGGUCGGAGCAGGUUUUUGGGCAGAUUUCCACUUUCUUUAUCUUUGGUGCCAUUCCUCUAGUUACCCAUAUUUGGUCAAUUCUAGUCCAUGUCAUCUUAGCUUCAGAAAAGAAGGUUCCCUCUCUUCCCAAGGGGUUCUUUGUUCUCCAAGUGUCCACUAAAUCAAAAUUGUCUAUCAUCUCAAAAAUGUUUUCGGUAGUCUACCAUCCUUGGUAACUACCUGUCUUUGUGCCUUAUCCAUGUUUGUAGAUACUACUCCAUUCAUGUCCCCCAUCAAAAUCAGAUUGUAAUCCAAAUAAUCCAAUAAGGUCUCAUGCAACUUUUUAAAGAAUUCAGAUUUCCCCUCAUUCGGUGCAUAAAUUCCUACUAUCAAAAAUUUCUCUCCUUGAACUUGGAUUUCAAUUGCCAAAAAUCUUCCUUGGUCAUCUUUAAAAAUUAAUUUCGGUGAUAGUCUCUCCUUUGCAUAUAUCACAACUCCUCUUUUUUUGACUUUGUCAGAUGAGAUAAACUCCUGUCCCAAUCUCUUAUUAAUCAGUAGUUUCCUGUGUAACCUUGUUACAUGUGUUUCUUGUAGACAAAUCAAGUCCAAUUGUUCCUUUUUAGUAAAUGAAAAACACUUUUUCUCUUUCGAGGAGAGUUCAAACCAUUACAAUUCCAACUUAACAGUUGCAGAGCCAUGAUGGGGUUACUUCGCUUUACCUCCAACUGCGCCAAGUGUCUGUUCUUGUUCUGUCAGUGGUGUCUCUUUCUCUGGACCAUGCAAUCCAAAAGGUAAGUUUGCUAUGUCUAGUAUUCCUUUUUCCAGUGCUUUUGGCUCUUCUCCGGAUUCCACUUCUUUCUGUAGAUCUUCUCCGUGAUCCUUCAGAAACCUAUCUUUGUCAUUGACUGAUCUUAUUUUUAUCUUUCUUCCUUUAUAUUUAAAGGACAGGCCUUGAGGGAAUUCCCACCUAAAGAUGAUUCUGUUUCUUCUCAGCAGGGCAACCAGAUCUCUGUAGUUGAGCCUUAAGUCCAAAAGAUGUUUUGGAAUGUCCUUGAAUAUCUCCACACUUGAGUCGUAAAUUUCCAAAGUCUUUUGGUAAUGCAGAUUCAAAAUUUUGUCUCUCUCCUCUUUUGUUUGAAGGGUAAUCAAGCAGUCUCUCACCUUAUUCCUCCUUCCUCCUCUUCCAAGUCUAAAUGCACUCUCUAUCUUGAUUUCUUCCUUCCCCAAAUCCUGUUGCCAGAAAUCUGUGAAUCCCUGUGUAAGAAAAUCAGCCAAAUUGUCUUUCUCACGUUCUGGUGCAGCCCUGAUUCUUAAAUUUCUUUGUUUCUCUUUCAAUUCAAUCAUAGACAAUGUCAAACCGUGGUCCUCCAGUUGCUUAUAUACCGGUGGUAUCUUCUCUUGAGUGGCAGUUGCUAUAUCUUUUGCUUCUUCAGCUAUCUUUCGAGUCGAAGCAGAUUCCUGUAGUAAUUUUUCAAUAGACUCUGUAUUGGUAUUCACCUUCUGUCCCAAAUUAUUGAUGCUUGUAGUAUUCUGGUCAAUUUUAACUGAUGCUUCAGCUACUUGUUUAUUUGUUUCAGCUACUUGUCUAGCUAAAUUUUCCAAAGAUUCAUUAAUUUUUCCAAGUGCCUGUGCCAAAACGUCUUCGGACGACAUAACUUUUGGUUUAACCUGUGGAGGUGCAGCCCCUGGUAUUCCAGAUGGUCCAGAUGUUGAAGCCCUUCGCUGCAACGCAGUAUCUGUCCGAUAGGGUCUGCCAGACCUAGUAGUUUUUUCCUGCGCCAACUCUAACUUUCCUCUUCCAUCUGCCAUAACACUCUCAUGAGAAUUCAAGGUCGAUCCCACGGCUGAAAAUUUAUUUUGGAAUGGAAAAUUCCUCUAGCCCAGUUGUUAUUGUAGCAAUGUCAAGCUUCCUCUAGGGGGACACAGUAACAGCCAAAGCUUGCAACUUUUAAAAAAGAAAAUAGUCCUUAUAAGUCCCCCAAUUCACAUAAAAACAACAGUUUCAGUUGCACUUAAUCAGUUACUUUAAAACCAGGAGAAGUUCAGAAACACUGUAUCUCUUUUGCAGAGUUAGCUGUCCAAAGUCCUCUGCUUACCGAUAGGCUUUCCACAGAGCGGCAUUCCUUAUCUCGGGGCAGUCCGUUCCCAGGUUUUAGGCGGUGGAUUUUAGCUUCCUUUUCCCCUUUUUUUGCAGAUAAAUACAGUUCAAACCUUUCCCCCCUCCUCUCCUGCAAUCCAGAGGGGAGAUCGCUUUCCAGAUGUUAAGAUUUAAGUCUUUUCUCAAACGUCUUUCCGAGUUUCCGCUUACAGUCUCUUUGCUUUGAUCUAUUUACAAGAAAGGAAGGCAGACUUCCUGUUUAUACCUUCCCGCUUCGGUGCCGAAUUAACUUGUUUUUUCCCUUUAAAUCCAGUUUAAUCCUACUCACGGGUAGUUGCUUUCAAAGUCAAAUUGUCCCAGGAAAAAGUCAGCGCUCUCUGAUAACGGCUAUGCGGCUUCACUCCGCGGGAGAAGCAGUCGACUCUCAGCACCGCGCCGCUCACCCCGUCCCGCUCCGGAGCCCUUAAAAAGGGUCCCUUCGCAACUUGGGGGGGCGCAAAUGGUGCCCGCCGAGUCCCCACGUUCACAGGCUUCGCCCGCCUGUGAUUUUUAAAGGGCCCCCGCUUCGCCGUAGCGGUAAGACCCGAUCCCGCGGAGCUGGUCCCUCAGAGACUCAGAGGGAAUCCGCCAUUAUCGAUGGCGCCAACCCGGAAGUCCUCCCUCCCCUCCCCAUUUCCACCCCACAGUGUUGUUUGCUAAAAUGCAUUCUAAUUUUUUAAAGUUUGCUUUAUUGUUUUCUUAUAGAAUUGUUAUAGAAUUGUAGAGUUGGAAGGGACCCUAGUCCAGGCGCCUGCCAUGUAGAAAUCCCAGCUAAAAUGGCAAAGCGAGAAGCAGUAGUAGAACCAAAGUCCAACUUUCCACGGCUUCCAAAGAUGUGAGGUCAGAUUGCAUCCCUUAAGUCGUGCCAACAUGCAUUCUGUCCACCUUUAGCAAGGAGAAGCUGUGCCCAUGAGCAGAGCCUUCUCUGCAGAGACCCCCAGCAAGAAGGGCUGCCUUAUCCAUUCCCUGACAGGUGUCUUUCGACACAGCCAAGGCCAGACAACUAUGGGCUUGCGGUGCAUUUCGGGGGACUCUCAUGCAUUUUGGAAAUGCUGCACUCCCCCCCCCCCCCGGCAAUACUUUGGCCGUCACUAGUGUGCUGGGUCCUCCCUAGCUAGCUGCCUCUUGCUGAGCCAGACCAAGCACCUCUGGGCACUUCUUGUGCUAAAACUGCCACCUGUGGGGCCCCUGAGCCAGCCCUCCCCUCCCUGCAGUGUGGGCCACAAAGCUGAUGUGGAAUUUUGUCUUGCAGUGGUGCUGACGAUCUCCUUCCCAUCCUUUCCUACGUGGUCCUCAAGAGCAACCUGCCUCAGCUGGUCUCGGAGUGUGCUGCGCUGGAGGAGUUCAUCCACGAAGGGUAGGCAGCAGGGAAGAAGCGCCUCUGUCGGCCGCUGUGACAAGCAGGGCCAACCUCUCUCUUGAAGAGAAAGCAGGCAGGCAAGCAUAUCAAAAGCAUAUCCCAGUUGAAACCUGCACUUAAAUCUUAAGAACAAGAGGCCAAGUUUGGAGCUCUCCUGGAGAAAAUCCCUGUUGGAACUUUCUGCAGCAGGCUUUGUAACCAGAAAACAUCUGGUUUGGGGUGUAAUUUAAUGGUUGACUGAUUCAGAAGUCAUGUCUGUUCCUGUAUGUUUUUAGGUACUAAAUGCAUACUCUGCAAGCCUUAUCGCAAGUCAGACUACUGGUCCAGCUAGCUCAGUGUUGUCUGCACAGACUGGCAGGGCAGUUCUCUACAGGUUUCAGAUCAUGCGUGUGUGUAUAAUAUUUUCUCAGCCCAUCCUGCAGAUGUUGAGGACUAAAGCUGCACGCAGAGCGAGUGCUCAGCCACUGAGAAUAGUUGAGGGCAUUUCCUGCCACAGAAGCUCCUAGUCACCGGGCAUAGUUCUGUCCCCCAUUCCCUGGGUGGUUUGGGAUGGAUUCCUUUGCUGCAGAGGAGAUCUAGUGCCUCACUCCAUCCCCUUCUCCAAAUCUCUGGAGCCAUGAGUCUUCACCCACAGGCCCACCCAAGGCAAUACAAUCUGGCUGGCGACAGACACAGACACCAUUGCCUAAAUCUGGCCGAGUCUAGCUCUGCCCACCCACAAUCUCCGUGCCGCCCGCCUCCGCAUGGGAAGGAGUCCCUCCACCACCACCUCAGGCUGUCGGCUCUGCUUACACGGCCUGCCAGCUCUGGAGUCUGAGCAAGACGCAGCCAGCAUGUGGGUGAAGCAGCCAAGGCAUAAUCAGACUGGACAGGCGCAUGGGGAUCGCGGCUCGGCUGUUUUGACUGGGAAAUGUCCCCAUUUCGAGCCCAGAGGCCUCCACAGAUAACCCAGAAGCUGCCUAGUGGCCCGGUCACAGCCAGGCAUGCAGCCAAUUGCAAACUCCAAAAAGCUCUCGUUGUUUUUCUAACUUCUCUGUUUUCAGUAGAUACUUCUGUGACUUGUUUUUUGUCCCUGGAGGGACUCAAAGCCUUCCUAGCUGAGCUUGUUCAUUAUCUGAUUGACUGUCUUUUUGGUUUAUGCUGCUUUGUCUCAAAAGACUGCAGGGAUGAGUGCUGAGAACAGCACCCAGCCAGCAUAACUUUACAGCCAUCCUCUCAUUUCUGCUUUGUUUAGGCUUUGAACAUUUGCCCUGAGUGCAGAAGAGAUCUGGGUGACUCCAAAGCUUGCUCCAAGCAUCUUAAUUAUGAAUCCACCUUUUUUUCUUCUUAAAAAAGCUUUGCUCUUUCCUGCUGCCUUCAGUAGACGCGUCUUGAAGGUGGCUGAGACUGUUCAUCGUACCCUGUCCUGCAGUGGCCAGUCAGAUGUCCCCAUAGGAAGCCCACACAGAGGAGAGAAAGGAGGACAGUUGGCCUUCUUCCCUGAGCAUUUCCAGCAUUCAGAGCCAGACUGCCUCUGAACCUGGAGGCUCCACCUGGCCACUGGGGUUGACACAGCAUCCUCCAUGAAAUUGGGCAGUACAUUCAGGACAGACAAAAGAAAGUACCUCUCCAUGCAGUGCAUGGUUAUAUUUGCUCCCACAUGAGGCAGUGAUGGCCACCAAGUUGUGGGGCUCCAAAAGAGGAAUAGACCAAUUCAUAAAGGAUGCGGCUACUCCACACAAUGGCUAUCCUCUUCCUCCACUGUCAGAGCCUUCUGCCUCUGAAUGCCAGUUGCCAAAACCUCAGGAGAGGAGAGGACUGCUGUGCUCAGGUUCAGGUUGCAGGCUUCCCAUUGGGUCGCCUGGGGGUCACUGUGAGAACAGGAUGCUGAACCCGAUGUGCCAUUGGCCUGAUCCAGCAACAAGGCUCUUUUUUGUUGUUGUCGACACUUUCAUUGUCUUUCCUCAUAUUACCUUAUUUAGUCAAGAAACGCAACAGACUGCAACAAGAAUAUAAAACCAAAACAUGCAUAGUUUGGUUCUCUUCAUAUGUUCAUUUAAAGUCGCCCAAUUCCAUACAUUAAUGCAGGGUUCUUGCCCGUCUUGAGUUCCAAUAUGAUGGGGGAGAAAAAAAUUAUAUCUCCUUUUCUUGCUUGCAUACCCUCUCCUACAGGUGUUGCCUGUUGGCUUUAAGGCCCUGAGAGUUUCAGCUUCUCCAGCCACUCACUUGGACAUUGCCAUCUGCCUGAUGUCUCUCCCUGCAGAUACUGAGCAGAUGUUUCUCUGACACUCUCGUUUCCUUGCCAGGUAUCUGAUUGGCGAGGAGGGGUACUGCCUGACCUCCCUGCAGAGCGCCCUCUCCUACGUGGAAUCCCUUCGCCGUCCCAUCCUGCAGAAGUAGCUGAGCUCUGCCAUGGGGUGCCAAGGCGACGGCCUCCCCCUCUUUCCUUCUCCCUUGGGUGGGGACACUCCUGCCCCCCUCCUCCAGUCUGCGAGGUGACAGCUUGCGGUGUUCUCCAGAGGGGCCCCCCUUCCCCCCCUGCCUGCAGAAGACAAACCUGCUGAGGAGGAGGAGGCCUCCUGCCCCUCCCUGGACUCUGUGCAAUAUUGGCAGGGGACAUCUUCACAGCCAUUGUAUUAGCCUGAAAUGUUGGAAGGGGGUCCCUGCCUUGCAGCGUGGACUGGGUGUGAGAAGGGGGUGGUAUCUGACACUACCCUGGCUUUGGGGGAGGUGCCUCUCCUGAGCCUCGAUUUGCUGCUGACUCUCUGCUUGGAUGCACUGGGGGGGACAACGAGAAUCAGGCUGUUUCCUUCUCCUAUUUCCCUUGGCUAAGGAGAAUCCUCUGUCCCUGUCCCUCCCCUGAUCCAUUGUAUUUGCUGCUGGGUCCAAGGAAGUCAAGCCCCUCUGCCCAUCAUAAUGCGGGAACUCCUUUUAGCGUCUGCAAGAGAUGUGAUGGGCAUCUCCUGCCACCACUGCCACCACCACCUGGCCUGCAUGCUCCCUCUUGCGUCCUUGCUUUUGCUACAUGGGUGGUCUGCGGGUGGGAAUCAGGAAAAAGGGGGCAGGGGGCAGAGAUCCUGCUGGGAUUCAUACUGUGAGGUAAGAGAGGGGAGUCUGAUGUGUGUGUGUGUGUGUGAGAGAGAGGCGUAUGGAUGUUACGUGCAUGUAUGCUUGGUGAAGCAGGGUAAGACUGGUUCUUAUCCACUCCCACUCACUGAACUCAUGGGAUCGGUGCAGUUUUUAGAGGCUGUUUGCACUGCCUCCCAAGUGCAUGGAUUUCAGAAAGGAGUGACUGCGUGUGUGAGAGAGUUUGUGUGUGCAUGUGUCAGAAUUUGCACGAUCUACUGAAGAUAAGCUUUGGGCCAGAGUGGAAGCAAAGCCCUGGACCAUGAGCAUUUUGAGGCCUCUGGAUGAAUUUGCACAAAGCCCCUGCAGGUGUGUUGCCUGAGUUGCAGUUGAGCCACGCACUGGCAGGACUUCCCUCCGCUACGUUUUCUGGAUGAGUCAAACGGGACUUUGGGAAGGGAGGCCCUGUGAUACCUGCCUGAGCCACACCUGCGCUGUAAGCCCUUCCAAGCUGGGGGGAGGUUUCGAAGAGCAGAAUGGGGAGCAACGGGUCUGAUGGGGGUGAUCUUCCUCCUCCCUCCUACUGUUAUUAUUAUUGUGAAUAUUUAUUUAUGAUCACACUCCUCACUCUUUCCUCCAAGGAGCUCAAGCUGGCUUACGUGCUUCUUCCAUGCGAGCCUCACAACAGCCCUGCGAGGUUGGCUAGCCCCUCUGCUGCAAAGACACAUUGGCUGCUGUUAAAGGCAAGGAGCAGCGAACAUUGUAAAGCAACGGGGGCCCAGCUGCUGCUGUUCAUGCUCAGAGCUGCCUCCUCUUGCAGUGCCCCUGCCUGGCCAGCCAUGACUCCUCAAGCCCAAAUUGCUGGUUCCUUCCCUUUCCACUUGUCCAGCUUUGCUCUUGGUGGGCUGUAAUAAACACACUGUCUUCUGGCUGCUCA